AUGCGCUACGACGAAUUUCCUGUACCUGGCACAUUCAAUGCAUCAUACUCUAUCAGUCUUAGCGGCAAGAUACUGGCUCUCAUGAUGAUCGCAAUUCGCAAGGCAUGCCGAAUUCUGGAAUCAAAGAGCGUCCAGAAUUCCAACGAAGCAUGGAUGGAACCUCCAAAGAGAUCCUGGAAGGAACGGCCGAAUGUUCUGGACUCCAAAUAA